AUGGAUAUCAGAGGGACUGCCCUUGCUGUCCUUCUCCUCACCACAGCCUUCUGUUCCCAGACCUACUCUGCCUCAUUUGGUGCCAACACCCCGACUGCCUGCUGCUUCUCCUACACUUCCUGGCAGAUUCAGUACAAAAUUGUGGACGACUAUUAUGAGACCAGCAGCCAGUGCUCCAAGCCUGCUGUCAUCUUCAUAACCAAAAGGGGCCGGCAGGUCUGUGCCAACCCCAACGACGCUUGGGUCCAAGAAUAUGUCACCGACCUGGAGCUGAAUGCCUGA